AUGAAUGGGAGAGUUAGAACUAAUUUUGAGAGGUUUCUCGAAUGUUCAUCUCCACGUGUCCCGAUUCAAUUUUAUACUCAGGCAAGGGGAUCGUCUUCUUCUUCACCAAUAGCUUUGGGAGCUAUUGAAGAAGAAGAAGUGAGAAAGCCUCGCAUCGUCCUCAAUGAUAUUUGGUCUGCCUGUAAAAACUGGAGCACUGUUGGUAUCGAAGUCCCUCUUUCGCUGGAAAACUUCGACUCCGAUGUUAAACAGUACUAUAAUCCUUCACUCUCCGCCAUUCAGAUCUUUACCAUCAAACCCUUCUCUGAUGAUUCAAGGAGCUCUGCCAUUGGGAUAGAUGGUACAGAGACAGGAUCUGCUAUAACUGACUCUGACAGCAACGGCAAGCUUCAGUGUUUGGAUGCUGGUGACUUGGGCUACCUUUAUUUUCAAUAUAAUGAGGUAGAAAGGCCAUUUGAUAGGUUUCCUCUCACUUUCAAGAUGGCUGACCUAGCUGAGGAGCACACUGGACUGUCUAGUCUGACGAGUUCAGAUCUUUCUCCAAAUAGCUGGAUUUCGAUAGCUUGGUAUCCCAUUUAUCCAAUUCCACCAGUGAUAGGCGUGGACGGGAUAUCUGCCGCUUUCCUAACGUACCAUUUAUUGAAGCCAAACUUUCCAGGUACUUUGGUCAUUUGAGAAUUAACAUUACCUUUUCAACCCAAGCGUAUACGGAAGCUAUAUAAUGUGCCUGCUAAAUUAUCAAGCAUGUGCUUUUGAGUAUUCAAGUGUUUUGUAUAGUAAUACUUCGACAUAUUUACACAUAUAAUUCCGGUACUGUGUUCUUGUUAAUUUGUAUGUUACGUUGGCGAAAUUUAUCGAUAUUGGUUGAUUUCUAGUAGUACUUUAUUCAUGGGAGAAUUUAAGGAUUAUGAUUGUAUUUACUUAUUUAGGGUUCUUUAUUUAAUAAGUUAUUGAAGAGCAGUAGGUAUUCCUAGUUGGCGUAGUAAUGAGUUUUCCUUUCUGGGAGGGAUCGAACUGGUAGAAAAAAAUACCGUGCAAAGGUAGUUACUAGUUGGAGAUGUUCUUUUCAAGUCUUUACUCUAUCACAGUGUCGCUUGGAUAUAGAGAAAAGUUAUGCAUCUGUUUUGGUAUUAAUUUCUUGUGGAUUGUAAGAGAUGGAGAAGUUGCAUCUUUGGCGCAACGGUCUUACCAAUCCUAGCCACUAUUUUCUCUGCAUAAAAGUCUUAUCUUUAGUUUCCAAGUACUUCUUCCUGUUUGUACAGACACUUACUUCCUUUUAGCCUGAGCUUGAUUCUAUUAUCUUAGAGCAGACUCAGUUCUUUAAAACAAUUGGUAAGGAUGAUAAGGGGAAUGAACAAGGAGAGUCAAGUACACCAGAAGUUCUACUUCCUCCAUUUGGAGCAAUGACUUACAAGGCCUUUGGUAACCUGUGGAUGAUGCCUGGGACAUCAGAUUAUCAGAACAGAGAGAUGAAUGAAGAAUCUGCUGACUCGUGGCUGAGAAAACGCGGCUUCUCCCACAGCGAUUUCAACUUCUUUAUGUCCCGUAAGUUUUACGGCGGACCCUAUUAAUGCCAUCUUGCAGGUGAAAUGCUAAGCCUAACAAUGGAGUCUUAUCAUCAUAAAAAAACAUUUAUGCUGUAAAACAUUCCCAUCUCUCUCUCUCUCUCUCUCUCUCUCUCUCUCUCUCUCUCUCUCUCUCUCUCUCUCUCCCUCUCUCUGACUUUGGAUUCUGCUGUUCUUUACUUUUGAGGAUUAUUUUUCUUAAAAUUUGUC